UGCGAAAUACCUGUUUGACUAAACGCGAGCAAGUGGCGGCAACCACCUGUGACCCUGAGAUCGGCCGAUACGAGACCUUGAGUGUUUAACACAUGAAUUGAGUCUUUGAAACCGCAGGAAAUCGGUUUGCGAGUUUCCGAUAAAGUGAUACGAUAAUCAACAAGGUUGAAAAUCGCAUGCCGCUGUUAUUUUUGAAAACUCAGCUGCCUCUAGGUCGGCGGCGAUGGCGGCGGUUGACCGGGAGGUGGGAGGGGAGUUUAAGUGGCCGGAAUGGCGACAACGAGGACGGCAGCAGCGGUGACGUCUGCGGCUGUGGAGGCGGCGACCAGAUAACUGCGGGGGAAUGAUUUCGCUUACGUACUCAGCGCCUUUUCUUCAAUUUACCUAUAUUCAUUCGCUCGUUGGCGAGGCACACGGCUGAUACGCGUUCCACGAGCCUUGCUGCUUUUCGCAUGAAAUCCAACACCGGUUUUCACCACCGCAAAUUGAUACACGUAGGCAUAACCUCGCAAACUCAUCACGGAACUCGGUGUCAGUCGAGAUCUUGUUUGGCGAGGGACUCGACCACCGGAGCACGGUAUCCAAUGCCGGAUAACUGGGUCGGAAAAGCUAAUCACCAAAAACCCCGAAGAUGUUGAGAGGAUACGGACCUGUCACUCAGGCCCUUCUAGGCACUUUGUUCACAUGGGGUUUGACGGCGGCGGGGGCGGCUCUCGUUAUUUUCAUACGCGGAAAACAGAGGAAACUACUGGAUGUGAGUCUUGGUUUUGCAGCCGGAGUUAUGAUUGCUGCAAGCUACUGGUCCCUGCUAUCACCAGCCAUCACAGCCGCAUCGGAGAGCAAAACUUACGGGGAAAAUGGGGAAUACGCGUUUUUACCAGUCGGACUUGGAUUCCUCAUAGGCGCUGCUUUUGUCUACGGCACAGACGUGUUGAUAUCUGCACUAGGCGUUCAGUCUCCGAAUGUGGUUUUAGCCAUGCAAUCAGUCGGUACGAAACAAAGACGAAAAAUCCUGGCAAAGCUAAAGAGCGACCAGGAUAUUGACGACAGUAUUAUUGUUAGUGAAGUUAAUGUUAGUGGUGCAAAAGUCUACUCUGACGUCGAGUCGACCACCAUCGAUGGCUUCUACGAACAAAGUACCAGAAGGAGACAAACAGUUAACACAGCUCCACGUGUUCCCGAAGCAGGAGAUGUCGAAACUGUUUACGAGGACCCAAAUGACGAAGCGAAAAAUAACCAGUGGCGAAGGAUACUGUUACUUGUCGUUGCAAUCACGGUUCACAAUAUUCCCGAGGGCCUUGCAGUAGGCGUCGGAUUUGGAGCCAUAGGAAGCACAGCCGAAGCUACUUUUGAAAGUGCAAGAAACUUGGCGAUCGGAAUUGGGAUACAGAACUUCCCGGAGGGUCUGGCCGUCUCUGUUCCUCUCCAGGCUGCUGGAUUCAGCACGCUAAAAAGCUUCUGGUACGGACAACUUUCGGGAAUGGUUGAACCAAUCGCCGGGGUCUUGGGCGCGGCUGGUGUCAGCUUAGCAUCGGUGGCCUUGCCUUACGCUCUCUCCUUCGCUGCCGGUGCCAUGAUUUACGUUGUCGUCGACGACAUCGUUCCGGAAGCUCAUUCGAGUGGUAACGGAAAGCUAGCAAGCUGGGGUGCAAUUGUUGGCUUCCUUAUUAUGAUGGCGCUCGACGUUGGCCUUGGAUAAAAAUACGGAAGUAAACGCCAAAUGAUUACAGCAUGGAAAACGUGCAGGUGUAUGCCGCCUCCCCCACCGAUGGAUUACUCGCGGGUUUCUUUUUUAUUUAAUAUUAUAUACAACGACGAGCCGAUUAUACCAAUCGGUGUUUUAAAUUUCACGUGAGUACAUACGGUAUUCGAAAUCCCGGCUUGCGUAUGUACAUGAAUUUUUAUACAUACCACGUAUAUUAUAUGUAUGUAAAAAUGAUUACAUCUGAAACCAGCAUUACGUGGGUAAACAUGUAAAUAACUUUAGAAUUUUAAUACAUACAUGCACAAUAGUUUUUACGUACAAGUGUACGUAUUACUCACGUGUUCGGACGACUACAACGGUGACUGAUUCUUACGCGAAAAUUUCAAUUAAAUAAUCAACAAGUCAGGCAUAUGCAUUUGAAUAUGGUCUGCUCGUUUACAUUCGUAAAGUCUUCCGCUACACGUACAAUUUCCUAUGGUGCGAAUACGUCAAAUUUCGAGUGAUUUAAAUAUCUUUAUAUGUUAUCAUAUUUUAUACUAUUUUAGAUACCUUCUCUUACCAAACCCCAAUAUCGUCUUGAAAAUCCUCUCGCAAACAAUGCCCGAAAAUAUUAAAAUCAUAUUACAUAUUGAAAAGUACAGUUAUAGACAUUGCAAAAAACAUACUGGUGACAAAUGUCAAUUUCCGUACAUCUGAAAAUCGGUAAGAAAAAAAGAAAAAGAAAAAAAACAAAACGUAUCUUGAGGGUAAAGCAAUUUAUUGUACCACAAAUCGUUAUAUAUAAAACUUCUUUCCCAUUCCACUAGAAAUGUGACCUAAUAGACGUAUUUAAUUGACUCCCUACAAUAUGCGUGGGUAUACGUGUGUGCUUGUGCGAAUGGGUUUAAGUUUGUACAAAAUUAAUAUUCACGAUAAUGAUAAUUUUAUUUCAACACGACGACGUUUUCAAUUACAUGCGUGCAAUUGGGUAUUUUUUCUUCUUCUUCAAUAUGAUGUACUUAUGUAUAAAAAUGAUAUAGAGCAUACGAAACGAACUGUACAUAGAUAGUAACUUUAAUUAUGUAUACAUACUUGUAUAUAUGUAUGCACGCACAUGCUGUAUAUGUAAAUAUAUUAACUUAACAUAG